AUGACCACUUCUACACCAAAAAAGCUUUCCGGCUAUGAUUUCUUCCGAGAAACCUUGCGAUCCCCAAAGUUUAUUGUCGCCCCUAUGGUGGAUCAAUCCGAACAAGCUUGGCGCAUCCUCAGUCGUCGUUACAAUGCUGAUCUCUGCUAUACCCCCAUGUUUCACGCCAAGCUUUUCAGUGAUCCGACGCACGGAUAUAAAUACCGAGACGAACAGUGGAGUACUGAUAAGGAAGAUCGUCCGCUCAUUGUCCAGUUUUGUGCCAAUGAUCCUGAAAUCUUAUUGCGGGCAGCUAAACUUGUUGAAAAUGACUGUGACGCUGUGGAUCUCAAUUUGGGCUGUCCUCAGCAUAUCGCCAAGCGAGGACACUACGGUUCCUAUUUGCAAGACGAAUGGGAUCUCAUUACUCGCAUGAUCUCACUCCUGCAUCAAGAAUUGGCGAUCCCGGUCACCGCGAAAAUUCGGGUGUUCGAAUCGGUGGAAAAGACGAUUGCCUAUGCAAAGAUGGUUGAAGCGGCUGGAGCGCAAAUGUUGACUGUGCAUGGACGCCUGCGAGAACAAAAGGGCCAUCAUACCGGAUUAGCUGAUUGGGAUAAAAUUAAAGCGGUGAAACAAGCUGUCAAAAUUCCUGUGAUUGCCAACGGCAACAUCCUGUACUACGAAGAUGUUCAACGAUGCAUCGAUUAUACCGGAGUUGACGGUGUGAUGAGUGCGGAAGGCAAUCUUUAUAAUCCAGCCAUUUUCACUCAACGGCCACUGCCUCCUUGCACUUGGGAAAUGGCUCAGGAGUAUCUGGAGAUUUGUCGUGAUAUGUGCCCUACUCGCCCCGGGGUCAUGAAAGCCCAUUUGUUCAAGAUCUUUCAACCUAGUUUGUCUCAUCAUACCGACAUCCGAGCACGUUUAGCCACAGCCAACAGUUUCGAUCAGUUGUGGGACGUCACUAUGGCCAUGAAAGAGCGACUGGAACAUGAUCGCCAGUCCACGGGGGAAGCCGAUGGCUCCGGUCAAGCCGACGAAAAGGGAAUUCGGAGAUACGCCCACUGGCGGUGUCAGCCCUAUUUCCGUCCUGCGUUACCAGCCGAUCAUGGAAAAGCAAAAGGUGAACAACGCAAACUGGAGCGACUGGCUCAAGCCGCGACUGAAGAAGCAGUAGGCGCCAAGCAAGAGGUCGCUUCAGCAUCAUCUGUCGCAUAA